AUGGUAAAUUUCGUAACACUGGGUCAGCCUCCGCAGGGACCAAGAGGGGUGCGGCUCGGCACCCGGCCCUACGGCCGCCAGCGGUCCUCAGCCGGGCCGACCGGCUGGGGGCACUGCAGACCGCGCGCGGCGCUGCGCCCGCCUCCAGCUCCCGGCGCCCGGGUGCCGCCGCGUCCCGGUGUGCAGCUCUCGCCCCCGCCUCGACCCCCGCUAUCCCUUGGCCCCCAAGCACUGACCAACCUUCCCGCCGGGAUGCAGAGAAGGCCGAUCCGGGCCCCAGACAACCCCCCGAGCCCUGCGCGCUCUCACUUACGCUUGGGCAUAGAAAAUUUCAGGGACCGCGUCUUCCGGGGUGGACGCCUCAGGCUCGACACCGGCCCCACUGGGGUUCGGGGAAUUUGGACUCCACUGGCUCCGAUCAGACGGAGGAGGGGAAACCCACCCCUCCAAGAGCUGAGACUCCGGGAGGAUCCCCGGCGCAUCUGA